AUGGCUGUAAACGUUUCCCUGGUUCGUGAUACAAAAUGGCUGACGUUAGAAGUGUGUCGAGAGUUCCAGAGAGGGACUUGUUCUCGCUCCGACGCCGAGUGCAAGUUCGCCCAUCCGUCACGCAGCUGCCACGUGGAAAACGGACGAGUCAUUGCCUGCUUUGACUCCCUCAAGGGCCGGUGUACCCGAGAGAACUGCAAAUAUCUCCAUCCUCCCCCACACUUAAAAACACAGCUGGAGAUCAACGGCCGCAACAACCUGAUCCAGCAGAAGACAGCCGCAGCCAUGUUCGCCCAGCAGAUGCAGUUCAUGCUCCCGGGCGCACAGCUACAGCCAAUUACGACGUUUCCUGUGACUCCAUCGCUUGCAACAAGCCCCACGAUGGCUUUUAGUCCCUACCUGAGUCACGUUUCUCCUGGGAUGGGCUUGGUUCCUGCAGAGCUUCUACCAAAUACUCCUGUCCUGGUUUCUGGGAAUCCCACUGUUACAGUCCCAGGAGGCUCUGCUGGGCAGAAACUGAUGCGUACGGACAAACUGGAGGUUUGUCGAGAGUUUCAGCGUGGAAAUUGCACACGUGGUGAGAACGAUUGCCGCUAUGCUCACCCCAUAGAUAUUGCCAUGAUAGACACAAAUGAAAAUACUGUUACAGUUUGCAUGGAUUACAUCAAAGGUCGCUGCUCUAGGGAGAAAUGCAAGUACUUUCAUCCCCCUGCACACCUGCAAGCCAAAAUCAAGGCAGCUCAACACCAGGUGAACCAGACAGCUGCAGCUGCAAUGACUCAGCCAGCUGUCAGAUCACUGAAGCGACCGCUCGAGGCAACCUCUGACCUGGCCCUGCCGCCUGGUGCACUUCAACCUUUACCAAAGAGGCCAGCACUUGAAAAAAACAAUGGUGCCACCACAGUCUUUAACCCAAGCGUUUUCCACUACCAACAGGCUCUAGCCAACAUGCAGUUGCAACAGCCUACAUUCAUCCCUACAGGGUCAGUUCUGUGCAUGACACCCACUGCAAGCGUUGUGCCCAUGAUGCACGGUGCUACGCCCACCACUGUGUCUGCAGCAACAACUCCUGCCACCAGCGUCCCCUUCGCUGCAACAGCUACCGCCAAUCAGAUAUCCCAGUUAUCAGUAGAUGAACUGAGUAGCAGCAUGUUUGUUUCACAGAUGUAGAAGUUCCUGAUAGAACACAGACCAUGUUGAAAUCCUGACCAGUAAAACUCCGGAGCACCAGGACUUCUUGGUGGGAAGCUGCGCAUGGCCUUUCUGUAUAUAAUCCCCUUCUUCCCUCUCUCGUUUCUCUACCACCUCUACAGUAAGCCUGUUGCAGCCUACAUGUUAACCAAAAAACUGAAUCAA